AUGACUGGAUGUACUUGCAAGGGAAAGCUGACCAAGACGGCCAGCUGCCCGCUGAACCCCUGCACCUUCCCGGACGCGCCGUGCUGCGGCACCUUCCAGAAAACGGCCGACGUCGAGACGCGCCGAUAUUCCUGCUACGAUCCGACGCAACGAACGAACGCGAAGAAGGCACGCGACAACUACAUGAAGUCGCGCAAGAGCCGCAAGACGACCCGCCAUCAGGAGAAC